AUGCUACCUGAAGUCGCAACGAAUAUUUUGAAGGCUUCUUCAAUAAGACUCUUUGCUACGAAUGCAGCAAGGGCCACAUCUCAGACGGCUGUUAACCGAAUGGCUUCCGUUACAGAGAGGAAGAAGAAGCCUACAGAAGAAGCACAUAUAAACUUUAAGAAUGCAUACAGAGACGAUUCCAAGUUUGGUAAGAGACCCAUCUAUUUGGAUAUGCAGGCCACUACGCCGGUGGAUCCACGUGUUUUGGAUAAGAUGCUUCCAUUUCUAACGGGACUCUAUGGUAAUCCUCAUUCUUCUACGCAUUCAUACGGUUGGGAAACUGACAAGGAGGUCGAGAAGGCACGUAAGAACGUGGCAGAUGUGAUAAAUGCCGAUCCAAGAGAGAUCAUUUUCACUUCGGGUGCCACUGAGUGCAAUAACACGGCAAUAAAAGGUGUUGCUCGGUUCUACGGUAAGACCAAGCAUCACAUUAUAACAACUCAGACGGAGCAUAAAUGUGUUCUGGAUUCUUGCAGACAUCUUCAAGAUGAAGGAUUCGAGGUGACGUAUCUUCCUGUUGGUACAGAUGGUUUGAUUGAUUUGGAAGAGCUUGAGAAGGCCAUCAGAAAGGAUACCUGCUUGGUUUCCGUGAUGGCUGUCAACAACGAGAUCGGUGUGAUGCAACCAAUUGAAGAAAUUGGCCGGAUUUGCAAAAAACACAAGGUGUUUUUCCAUACUGAUUGUGCUCAAGCUUACGGUAAGAUCCCACUGGAUGUUAACAAAAUGAACAUCGAUCUAAUGUCCAUUUCCUCGCAUAAAAUCUACGGUCCUAUGGGUAUCGGUGCCUUGUACGUGAGAAGAAGACCAAGAGUCAGAUUGGAGCCUCUUAUUAAUGGAGGUGGUCAAGAGAGGGGCUUGAGAUCAGGUACCUUAGCUCCACCUUUAGUUUGUGGAUUCGGUGAGGCCGCACGUCUAAUUCGCGAAGAAUUCGAUGAUGAUCAGGCAUAUAUCGGUAAAUUGUCUAGCAAAUUGACCAAUAGUUUGUUGAGUCUUCCCUACACACAGUUCAACGGCUCUAAAGAACAUCAUUUUGCUGGAUGUGUCAAUGUCUCGUUUGCCUACGUUGAGGGUGAGUCAUUGUUGAUGGCAUUGAAAGAUGUAGCUUUGAGUUCAGGCUCUGCCUGUACUUCCGCCUCCUUGGAACCAUCGUAUGUUCUACAUGCUUUAGGAGCUGAUGAUGCUUUGGCUCAUUCUUCCAUCAGAUUUGGUAUUGGAAGAUUCACUACAGAAGCUGAGAUUGAUUACGUGAUCAGCGCAAUUAAGGAAAGAGUUACGUUUUUGAGAGAAUUAAGUCCUUUGUAUGAGAUGGUUCAAGAAGGUAUCGAUUUGAGUACAAUCCAGUGGGCUGGCCACUGA